AUGCAAGAACAGCAAGAGCAGGAAUACUCCUCAGGAAGAUCUCCAUUACAAUGUGAUGAUGCUUUACAGGUUUUGGAAAGAACUCCGCAAGAAGUCCUUUCUUAUUUUUUUAUUGAUUCUCAUUCACAGCAUGGAAUACGAACAAGAGAUGAACAAGUAUUUAGAGAAGGUAUUUCUCCAUCUUUAUUGGAACGACUUAAGCGUAUUGUCUUGAAAGAUCUUCUUUCUGUACAGAAACUCGAUAUCUCCUCAUGCGAGGAAGAAACUUCGGAUGCCAUGUCUAGUCCAAAUGCUUCUAAUACAGAUAACAGUUUAGUCUCUCAACGAUCAAAAAUGACUUUACUUUCUGAAGUGGGUUUAGCACUUGUUACACUAUUUUUUAAAGCGAGAGAAACCCAUUCUGGAGGGGUUUUCCCGCAUUUGCAGAUACAUUGCGCUGUAACCUUUGUAAUUGACUCAUCUAAAGACUAUGCACGUCUUUAUUUUAUAUUUCCUACUUUACGAGAUCGUUUACUGUUAACACAUCAAACAGUGAAAACAUAUCUGGAUAUUAUGGAUGAAAAUAGAAGGAAUAGAGCUAACAAUGCUUCUACUAAUAGUGCCACUAGUAAGAGUAGUAAUAGUAAUAGUAAUAACCCUUCUAACGAUGGAUAUGAUGGUGAAAGUGUAGAUGUAGUACAUGAAUGGUUACGUCAUAUUUCUAAGAUUACUGCAGACAUCAACGGUUGGUUACGUGCAGGUGUAGUUUGGCAACAUAUUCGUCCAUGUGAUACUUUAUUUCCUCUUAUAUUAGACAGUAGUAAUAAUUCUUAUACCACUACUAAUAAUAAUACUAAUACUAAUAAUAAUAAUAAUAAUAAUAAUAAUAAUAAUAAUAAUAAUAAUAAUAAUAUAGGGUUAGCGAAACAACUGGCUGGUUUUGUCUCUGCAGCUUUAGAGCAUCACUGCUGUAUUAUUCGUGCGGAUGACACUAAAUUAGUGUUUCGCUGGCUGCACACACUUUCUCUCUUUCUGCAAGAUGCCCAACUCGCCAUGACGAGUAUCAUUUGUGCCCGCCGCGUACAUGAGAUCAUCCCCGAUCUCACACUUCAAGGCACAACGUGCAGUACGGCUGCAGUCCUCACAAUUUUCCCGCUUUUCCGCCGCCCUCCAGUCGUGUUGGACGUCUCACGUCGUUUAGAUGAGUCUGCUCAUAUUUUUCCCAUCUUUACACAUUUACGAUUUAAAGAGUAUCGAUUGGCGGCUAUGCGAGGAGAGAAGAUGGAUCGAUUUGGUUCUAUUCGCACUAGAGUGACUAAUCGUACGGUGAGUCCACUUGUAGGGGCAAUAUGCAGUAGAGUUUGCUGCGCUUUAAAAGUAAAAGUACCGCAGUCGCCGUCUGGCACCACAUUAAAUAGUGCCUCAUCCACACCUUCUCGUGGAGCUCCAAUAUCAAACACUCUUGAAGUAGAGUCACUGGAGUAUUCACAGAAUGCAGAAUCUGCUACUCCACUAUGUGUACAUGAUUUUUUAUCUCCGUUUUCACCUCAUAUUCCUUCUCCUUUCACUACUUUUCCAACGCCUCCUCGUGAGAGUGUGUUGCAGCCACAAUUAGAUAACACUAUUGCCAGUGAUAACAGUAUAUGUGUAUCCAGUAUUAAUAAUUACAGCUACGAUAUUAAUAAUAUAAAUAUUAAGAAUGCCCUCAUUUUACUUGCACACUGGCGACGACAAAUAGAAUUAAGGGCACUAAAACUUCUUGUUGUAGAGCGUAAAGCUAGAUUACAAGCUAGAAACAGGAAAGGUGCAGUAGAUAUUGGGAAUACAAGAAGUAUCCCACCUACUUCUCUAGCUGAGAUUCAUGAAUCGGAUCGGCGUGUGCUUGAGGUAGCUAUUUCCUUCUUUACUCCUAUGCAAGAAGAAAAAGAAGAACGUGAGCGUGAGGCUAUUUGGGACUCCUUUACAUUUUAG